AUGAAUGAUCCGAUUUAUCAAAUAAAACUGAUCGCCUCAACAAAAAGAUUAUCAUUUCAUCACUUCUUCAAAUCACAUCAAAUCUUCAAACAACUUUGCAAAAUGGAAGUGUCUAGCCGUGGAUCGACAGCGAGUAACGGAUUUGAACGGGCCGUUUGGGCUCCUGAUUCUCAACUUGGAUAUGUCUUGGGAGACAUUGUCGACAUCGGUGCUGAAAUGCUAUCAAUCAAACGUCGGGAUAACCAACAAAUCAUACAAGCAAGCCAUGAUGUCGUGUUUCCAGCCGACGAAAAUCUCGAAAAGGUCGUUGAUGACAAUUGUUCACUGAUGUAUUUGAACGAGGGAACAUUGCUUCACAAUUGCCAUCAACGUUACGAGAAGAAACAGAUCUAUACCUAUGUCGCAAACAUCCUCGUCUCGAUCAAUCCAUAUGAGCCACAACGAGAGCUCUAUUCGACGGAAACAAUCGCGUCAUACCGCGGGAAAUCGCUUGGACAAAUGGCGCCACACAUUUACGCACUAACUGACAAAGCCUAUCGCGACAUGAGAAGAACGGGUGAAGCGCAAUCGUUGAUCGUUUCGGGAGAGUCAGGUGCCGGCAAAACGGAAAGCCAGAAGGCUGUGCUCAAGUACCUCUGCGAGAACUGGGGAAAAGAAGCCGGUCCUAUUCAGCAGCGACUUUUGGAAACCAACCCGAUCCUUGAAGCCUUCGGAAAUGCAAAAACGACGCGAAACAACAAUAGCUCGCGCUUUGGAAAAUUUGUCGAGAUUCAUUUCAACAACAAGCAUCUUGUCACUGGAGGAUUCGUCUCGCACUACUUAUUGGAAAAAUCACGCAUUUGCACACAGGCUUCAAAUGAACGCAACUAUCACAUUUUCUACCAACUCAUUGCUGGUGCCGACGACGAAAUGUACAAAGUCUUCGGAUUAUCAUCGCCUGAUCGUUUCAAUUAUUUGAAACGCGGAACUCUCGACUUCUUCGUUAGACCAGAAAAUGAAAAGCCGAUCAACAAGGAGCGUUUUGCGGCAGGAGCUUCAACGAGCGUAGAUCGAAUUGUGGAUGACGCUGGUGAUUUUGCGAAUCUGAUGCGCUGUCUUGAAAAAUGUGGCUUGGAUCGCCCUCAAAUUAUGCAAAUCUUUGGGAUUGUGGCCGCCAUUCUGCACUUGGGUAACAUCGACUUUGUGGCUUGCAAUGAUGGAGGAAAAGAGGGAAGCAAUUUGACCCCCGGCAGCGAGAAUUCAUGUGGAUGUGCAGCACGUCUCCUUGGCAUCGAUGACCAACAACUGCGAAUGGCGCUUACUUCUCGCGCAAUGCAAACGACUCGUGGUGGUUCAAAGGGAACUCUUUACAUGGUGCCAUUAAAGCCAACGGAAGCGCUUGCUGCCCGCGACGCCCUUGCGAAAGCAAUCUACUCUCGCCUCUUCGAUUGGAUCGUUGCUACAAUCAACAAGUCAAUCCCAUUUAACGACAGUCACAGCUACAUUGGUGUUCUAGACAUUGCCGGCUUUGAGUUCUUCACCAUCAACUCUUUCGAGCAAUUCUGCAUCAAUUAUUGCAACGAGAAGCUGCAAAAUUUCUUCAACGAACGAAUUCUCAAGCAGGAGCAAGAACUUUACGAGAAGGAAGGUCUCGGUGUCGAGAAGAUUACGUAUGUUGACAAUCAGGAUUGCAUUGAUCUUUUUGAGCGUCGUGGAACUGGAAUGUUGGAUCUUUUGGAUGAAGAGAUGCGCCUCCCGAAACCACUGCACACGCAUUUCACGACGGCCGUUCACGAUUCGAACAAGAAGCAUUUCCGUCUUGAUGCUCCACGCAAAUCGCUGCUCAAAGAACAUCGAGGAAUGCGAGAUGAUGAUGGACUUUUGGUUCGGCACUUUGCUGGAACGGUUUGCUAUGAAACUGCGCAAUUCAUCGAGAAGAACAAUGACGCUUUACAUGCGUCUUUGGAGGCCCUCUUUGAAGCUAGCAGUACUCCACUCAUCAAGCUUCUCUUCGAGACACCACAAGAAAUGCCAGCCACUCCUGGAGGAUCGCUUUUAUCUACACCCAGCCGUGCAAAGCGCCUCGUCGUCCCUUCAGUUGGAUCAAAGUUCCGCGCACAACUGGCAGUGCUUUUGGAGAAGUUGAGCCAUACGGGCACCCACUUUGUGCGAUGCGUGAAGCCGAAUAGCUCAAUGUCGCCGUGGUGUUUUGAUGGAUCGUCAGUGUUAUCUCAACUUCGAUGUGCUGGAAUGGGAUCGGUACUUCGCUUGAUGCAAAAUGGUUAUCCUAGCAGGACUGGCUUCUCGGAUCUCUACACGAUGUAUGCUUCCGUUCUUCCGCCAGAGAUUGCCCGACUCGAUCCUCGGCUCUUUUGCAAGUGUCUUUUCCGUGUGCUUGGCCUCGACAACGAUGAUUUCAAGUUUGGCAUGACAAAAAUCUUCUUUCGCCCAGCUAAAUUUGCUGAAUUUGAUCAGCUUCUUCGCCAAGAUGUCGACGCGAUGAAAGGAUUGGUGGACAAAGUGAAGACCUGGUUGCACACUGUUCGUUGGAGAAAAGCUCAAUACGGCGUGUGGAGUGUCAUCAAAUUGAAGAACAAGCUUCUUUACCGAGCCGAACAAGUGACAAUGAUGCAAAAGUAUGCCCGCGGUUUCUUAGUUCGCCAAAAGUUUUUGUCUCGUUUUGCUGUUUACCGCAAAGCAGUGAAUCUGCAAACUCGUGGAUUCGAAAUGAAGAACCUUGUGAGUGAAUUGAGCCCGACAAGUCGCAAAGCAUGGGAAGCUGAGGUCUCCGAAUCAGAAAAAGCACUCGAACUUCUCGUGAACUUCUGCAAGGAUCAAAACGUGGAACUCGACCGCAUUAUAGUGGACUACGAAAAAGGUGUGGCCCAUGUCGACAAAAUGAUCAGCGAUUUGAGGGGUCAGCUCGCUGCUGAUGAAGCUGCUCGUUUGGCUGAAAUCGAACGCAAAAUGGUCGAGGAACGCGAAAGAGAAGAGAAAGAACAACAAGAGGCGAUUCUGAAGGCGCAAGAGGUUGAGCGAUACGAGGCGAAACGUCGUGAAAUGGAAGCUGAACGUGUUCGCGUCGAAGCCGAAUUCCAGAAACGGCAGGCCGAAGAGAAAGCCCGCGAAAUGACCGCCUUGGCAGAAGAGCAAGAAAAACGUGCACGCGAGGAGCAGAAACGUUUGGAUGGUCUUGUGGCUGCGCGUCUUGCAUCGGAGAAAGGAGCACAAGCGACGAUGAUCGAAUCUCCUGCACCACCUACAAUUGUUAUUGGAUCGUCAACUCCUUCUGGCAACAGCAGUCAACCGAAAAGGGCCAAGCUCGAUCUCGCUUCAUGGAAAUACUCUGAUCUUCGUGAGACGAUUAACACGGCACAAGAUGCUGAUCUAUUGGCGGCUUGCAAGGAGGAGUUUCAUCGUCGUUUGCGCGUCUACAACGGAUGGAAGCAGAAAAAUGCUAAUGAUCAGGCGAAAGAAAAGCCUCGAGCUGUGCCACUCGCCAUGAAGAAAAAGACCGAAAUGAACAAUAACGAAUCGACUGAAGCUUCACCAGUCCCCAAAUCCUAUCAAGCAAAUCACCCAAUGCACAUCGCCGGACCACAACGCUACUUCAAAGUGCCACUCUCGAUCGGAAGGAAUCUUGGAAGCAUGCGCUUCGAGAAAUCUGGCGCUCAAUACGGUUUCUGGUAUGGCCACUUCAAUGGACAAUGGAUUCAACGACAAAUCGAGAUUUCGAACAACAAAGCUCCUGUCGUUUUGUCGGCAGGUCGUGACGAUUUCGAGAUGUGCCAGGUGCCACUUAAUGUCACCCAAUUGCCUACUUUGAGGGGUGCUGAAAUCUUGGAAGAUGACUUCGAAGCGAUGUGGGAUCACGUGAAUGGAAAGAAACAAGGAGCAAUGAUCCAC